AAAGUGUAGAGACAGUUUAUAGACUGAGGGGAGAGAAAGACAGAUACAGAGGGAAGAGAAAGAAACAGGGGAGAAGACACAAAACAAAAAAGUACAUUUUGGAUAAAAGUCUGAGAUAGUGGAAUAAACGUAACCAGAGAAGAACUGAUCCCUAAUCAACUGGUUGUCAUUUUCCUCCUCCCUGACUCAAGACACGACCUCCCACCAUGCAGCUGCUUUUAUGGAGUAUUCUACUUAUUGGUGUACCUGGAUUCAUCACUGAAGGCUGCCCAAAUGACUGUCAAUGCAAUCAACCUCAGACGGUUUUCUGCCUGUCCCGCAAGAGUUCUAAAUUUCCAAGCAAAAUCCCCCAUGACACGGUCAACUUGUAUGUUUUUGAGAAUGGCAUUAGCUCUGUGGAGGAAGACAACUUCUCUGGCUUAUGGGAUCUGCAGCUCCUGGACAUUUCUUAUAACAAACUGUCAAGCCUUCCAGAUGGAAUCUUCAGAAGUUUGACCAACCUUAGCAAUCUGGACCUCUCAUCAAACUAUCUGACUGAGAUCUCUGCAGAUACAUUUCAGGGGCUUAGCAAGCUGGAAAGACUCUACCUAAAUGAGAACAAUAUUCAAAGCAUCCACCAAGAUGCCUUCAAGGGUCUUGAGAGCUUGCUGGAACUCAAGUUGAAGAAGAACAAGUUAGUGGUACCUCCAGUUUUUUCAUUACCUCACCUCUUGCUUCUAGAUCUCAGCUACAAUAUUAUUCCUACCAUCCAGCCAGGAGUUUUUAAUGCACCUAACAUUGAAACACUUCUAUUAGCAGGACUUGGCUUAAAAGAGGUGUCAAAAGAGCUGCUAUUUGAGCUUAAAAACCUUCAUGAACUGGACAUCUCUGAUAACCAGCUGGACAAGGUGCCCGUAGGUUUGCAUGGUCUGACCAAACUCAACAUAGCUGGCAAUAUUGGUAUAUCUCAGCUCCACAUUGACGACUUUUCUGGUCUCCCAGGACUGCAAGAUGUGGAUCUAAGUCGUCUCAGCCUCCGCACACUGCCGAGGGGCCUAUUCCGCUCUGCUUUAAGACUCCGUGCAGUGAGUUUGGCCCAAAAUCCUUUUAAUUGUGUGUGUUCUCUGGGCUGGUUAGCAGAAUGGCUGAGAAUCAGUGGAGUAAAAUUGUUGCGCCCAGAUGAGACUCGCUGUCACUUUCCUCCAAAAAAUGCAGGUAAAACCUUGCGGCAAUUGCGGGAUUUGGAGUAUGGAUGCCCACCACCAACCACCACUGUUUUACCUACUACAACAGGUUACAGCAGCACUAUUCAAACAUCUACUCUAAAAGAGCCAUUUUAUGAUGAAAUACUGACUACUACCAUUAGCACCACAACAGUAGUUCCUCAGCAUAAGGUAGAAGAAGACCCCACAAUACCAGCUGUAAUAAAUUUAGAAGAUCCACUAUGCCCACCACACACCUGUCUAAAUGGGGGUUUCUGCAGCCUGGAUCCUUUUGGACGAUUGGAAUGUGAAUGCCCUCAAGGAUUUUAUGGACUGUACUGUGAGAUUGGGCCAGUCACACCUGUUCCUGCUGUUGCUACUGAACCUCCUCCAGUGCAACUCCAGGUCCUUGAAGUGACAAGCAGUUCCCUUCGAGUCGAUCUUCAGAGUUUUAGCCACAGAAAAGCCAAUCUGAAGGGCAUCCGUUUGACACUGCAUAACCUCUCUGGGUCAAAUCGCAGGCCUCUAGUCCUUAGCCUACCAUCUACAUUGUUUGAGUACACUGUGAGAAGCCUGGAGCCUAACAACACUUACAGGCUGUGUCUGGGAUCUUUGGGUGAUGGUUCACCAGAAGAUGAACUCUGCACAGAGGCCCAGACCACCGGAUUGUCUCUCAAGCACAGCGCUCAAGUUAUCCAGUCUCAGGAUGCAAAUCUGACCUUGGUGCUUGUCCCAGCGGUAGCUGCUGGGAUCCUCCUGGCUGUGAUUGUAGCAAGUGCAGCCUGUUAUGCUAGGAGACGGAGACUGAAGGAGCACGCUGGUGAGGAAAGUGGGCCUCUUGAAAUGGAAGGAGUAAAAAAUGGACUUGAAGGGAAGGGGGAACUAAAAAAACUUUCAGAUGGUCCAGUAGAGUCUGAAGAACCACUCAUGGACCCAACAAAAAAUAGGAAUAACAAUGACACGCCCACAGGUCAGCUUCCACACUCCUACUUCUAAGUGUGCUGUUUGCAUUGAUAGACUGUUUAAAUGGGCACAAUACUUGCCCAUGUUCUGACUGCAAGAAAGUGCUAGGCUUGCUAGGAGACAAGUCCACUAGACAGCUGUGCUGACUAGGUGCUGGCACAUACAUUAACAGGAGAGCUCAGCUUUUGAUACAAAAGACAAAAGAUUCAGAGACAGAUGACUGUAAGUGAGCCAAGAAAAUAACCGUACUGCCUUUGAGUUGACAGGAGCAUGUCCAACUUUCAAAAGUGCUCCAAAUAUUUUGUUGUGUUGGGGGAUUUUACAGCCAUAUAAAGGCAAAAAUGGAAGAAAACAAACAGCUGUGCUUGUUAUUCUUACCCAUUCACAAACCUAAGUGGACCAAAUGCACUGAAACCCAUAAGGGGAGAGGAGUUUUUCUCCAAGUUCUACAGGGACACUAAGGGAAAAUAUUAAGCGUGGAAUAGAUAUGGUGAAGUCCAAUGCAUGAGACUCCAUGUAAUUAGGGCACUUAAUUUGACUAGUGCUACAUUAUAAACACUAAGAGACUGAUAAACGCAAGGGGUUAACUUAAUAAUGGUAUUUUUAUAUAUAUAUAACUGGACACAUCCUGUAAACUGAUUGUUAUGAGGCUCCAUUUGCUGGACAAAGUGGGGGUCAGUCCUCACAUAUCAGUGUCAAAAUGUGCAAACUGUUUUCAAAUAAUAAAUAUUGAUCCUUC